AACUACAUUUCCCAUCGCGCCUCACAAGUUCCCUUUGCGGUCUGGUCUUUGUUUUCAUGACGAAGGCAAGCAGAGACGGACAGUAAAUGGAGUCAAAUGGUCAAGCUAAAACAGACCAUGACAGGUUUAAAGUAUAUUUUCACUUAAAAUACCAUAGGUAAAUGCUGUUGCACAGCGAUGACCUCAAGGGAAUAGUUUAACUCUUAGCUCGUUAGCAGCUGACGCACCGUUUAAGGCCUACGUAGCUAGUUAGCCUUCUCGCUAAUUUCUCGCCACCCUCAGCUGCAGCAAGUGACCCAAUCGUAAUUUUAUGUGUCAUUUGUUGCGGAGUUAAUCCUGUCCAAGCCGAAGACCAACUUUUUCUACCAUGGCGGAACAGAAUGCGUUGGUCGCGCAGCAAAGUUUAGACAGGAAUGUGUCACACGGUUGAAUAUGAGGCAACUGCUAUCCGUUGGAAUGGAUGGCCCCAAUGUGAAUUUCAAGUUGGUGGAUCUACUCCAAAAAGAACAUGCAGAGCUCUAUGGAGGCGUCCAGGUUGUCACUGUUGGAAGCUGUGGACUUCACACCAUCCACAAUGCUUUAAAGGCAGGCUUUACUAUGUGGCAACUGGAAAAACUUCUGCGAGCCAUGCACUUCCUCUUUCAUAAUGUUCCUGCCAGGAGAGAAGAUUUCACCAGCCUGACAGGGUCCUCCUGCUUUCCCUUACCAUUUUGUGGCCAUAGGUGGGUGGAAAACGUUCCAGUGGCGGAAAGGGCAGUUGAAGUUUGGCCACUGCUGAAGACAUAUGUGGAUGCUGCAGAGAAAAAGAAGGUUCCAGUCCCCUGCACAGCUUCAUAUGACACCAUAGUAGCUGCACAAAAGGAUCAUUUCAUUAUUGCAAAACUCCAAUUCUUUCUGGCAAUUUCAAGAACUUUCAACCCCUUCUUGACAAAAUUCCAAACUGAUGAGCCAGUGUUGCCCUUCUUGGCCAGAGAUUUGACUGAGCUGCUGAUGAGUUUACUGAGGCGGUUCGUUCAACGAGAACUCACUGAGGACCUCACACCCCUGCAGCUGAUCAAAAUUGAUCUAACAGAUGAAAGGAACUUGAUGUCCCCAAAGAGUGUAGACAUAGGCCUGGGAGCAGAAUCUGCUAUCAAGGAACUUCAGAGCAAACCAGGAUUCAAGGUUGGUGAGCUUUCUGUGCUCACCUUCAGACGAGAAUGUUUGCAGGGCCUGGUUAAGGUUGUUGUGAAGCUACAGGAGAAAAGCCCCCUGAAGUUCCAAGUGGUCAGGCAGACAGCAUGUUUGGACCCUUCAAGAAUGCACAGAGAUCCUGAUUGGUGCAUCAGACAGAUGAAGGGAAUAGUGCAAACAUUCCUCCAGGGCAAACAUUUGGCAGGUGGCAUCCCAGCUGGUGAUGUCAUCAUUCAGCAGUUUACAUCAUUGCUGUCUCUUGAGGCUAGAGGUGAACAGUUCCGCUCUUUCCAGCCUUUCAAGCAACGUGUGGAUGUGUUUCUACACUUGACCCUCAGCCCAUCCUACAUGGACCUGUUGAGAUUCUGCCAGAGCGUUUUACUUCUUUCACAUGGACAAGCCACCGUGGAGAGGGGCGUCUCCAUUAACAAGGAGGUGGAAACCUGUAACCUUCUAGGUGAAUCCUUGGAGGCACUGAGGUUAAUCUGUGACAAUGUUAGUAGCUGUGGUGGUGUCCUCAAGGUGCCUUUAACCAAGGACUUGCUGGCUUCUGUGGCCUCAGCAAGGUCCCAGUACAGGCUCUACCUGGAGCAAGAGCGUAAAAAGAGGGAGAGUGAUGCUCAAACACAGAAAAGGAAGGUCGCAGAGGACGAACUACAGGAGCUCAAGCAGCAACGCAAAGUCCUGGACGAAGUCUGUGCCAUCCUUGAAAAUGAUGCCAACAAAUUAGCUGAGGAGGCAGAGGGGAAAGCUGGGUCAAAAAUGGCUCAGCUAAUCACCAAAUCAAACACACUUAGAAGGAGACACAAGGAGAAAAAAGAGGAACUGGUCAAAAUGGACAAAACUAUUGAGGAAAAAGCCAUGGAAUUAAGGCACUUGCCAUAGCAUAUUUUGCCCAAAGGUUCAUAUUAGGCCUAUAGCACAAGUGCAAACAUUAGUUCACCAGUUCAUGUUUCCAAUUUGUGAAAAUAAAACAGUUCAUAGAAGAUAUCAGUUUGGAAUGCAUCAACUUGCAGUAAAUGCCAGUGUGCUGGAACUGUCCAUUCUCUCCAUUGCACAUUUUAUGUUUGUUUUAUUUUCUAAGUAAAAUAAAUAUGUGCAAUACGUUGUCAACAUCA